AUGAUUGGAUCAUCCCCGCCACAUGUUGCAACUGGUUGCAAAUAUUUGCCUCUGACUUCUUGUCGGAAUUUGCGUACCCUCAAAUGGGCUGCACCUCAUUUGCCUAGAAAUCUCAAAUUUGUGGCGAGUUCGAUUUCCGGGGACGACACUUCGGUUGCCUUUGAUGUGUCAUUUCCUAGUGACUAUGAGGAGCUCCUCGAACAAGCCAGUAAAGCAACUCAAUUGGCUUUGAAGGAUAACAAACAGUUGAUGGAGAUCGAGUUUCCUACUGCUGGACUUGACUCCGUACCAGGGAACGGUGAAGGAGGAAUAGAAAUGACUGGAAGUAUACAGCUCAUUCGAGAAUUUUGUAACAUCUCAGUAUCUCCAGAUAAAGCCACGCGAACCAGAAUAUUUUAUUCUGAAAGCAAUGAAGUUGAGUUUGCAAGGAAAUCAGCAUUCGAAGGAGCAUCCUUCAAGUUGGACUAUCUGACUAAGCCAUCAUUUUUUGAAGAUUUUGGUUUUACUGAGAAAGUGAAAAUGACAGACCGUGUGAAGCCAGAAGAUUAUGGUUUUGUGAUAUCUGUCUUUGAUUUUACAUAAAUGCUUGUGGUCGAAGAGCUGUACAGAGAAGCUAUUCUGAACACUUCCAGAAAGCUAAUUAUUUUUAAUGGAGAACUUGACCGAAUAAGAUCUGGGUAUUAUUCAUCUUUCUUCUACCCAAAGCUAGCGGCUCUAUUGAAGACCCUGUUUCCAAGUAUGGAGACUGUAUACUACAUCCACAAUUUUAAAGGCCGCAAUGGAGGGAUACUGUUCAGGUGCUAACCAGGUCCGUGGAAAGUGUUCAGAAAAGUGAGGAAUAGAUACAUUUGUUUGCAUCAGCAGGAAGCCAUGCCAUCUCUCAAGGAAGUUGCCUUGGAAAUUCUUCCAUCGGCUUAA